CUUGACAUUUCUCUCUCUGCAUCAUGGCCCAUUUCUCUCAUCUCCUGGCAACCAACUAUAAGAGUAUCAUUGCCGAGUACCUCAAGGAAGACGUUCCUUCGUUUGACUAUGGCGGUUACGUUGUCGGUGAAGACGACCAAGUCGCCAUUCUCUAUUGCAAGGCCGAAGGUGUGUUGGCUGGCGUUCCCUUUUUCGACGAAGUUUUUAAACAACUCGACUGUCGUGUCGAAUGGAAGGCGGCUGAAGGUGACCUCUUGAAGCCCAACGGUAAGAUGGAAAUCGGACGUGUCUACGGCAAAGCUCGUCACAUUUUACUCGGCGAACGUACCGCGUUGAACAUUAUCUCUCGCUGCAGCGGUAUCGCCUCCAGAGCACGCAAAGUGCAUGAUUUGCAGCAAGCUCACGGAUUCAAAGGCAUUAUUGCCGCCACCCGCAAAACCACCCCAGGUUUCCGUUUGGUUGAAAAAUAUGGUGUGCUUGUGGGUGGAUUAGAUACGCAUCGUAUGGAUUUGUCUUCCAUGGUGAUGUUGAAGGAUAACCAUAUCUGGAGUUCAGGAUCUAUUACGGAAGCUGUCAAAGCGGCUCGCAAGGUGUGCGGAUUUGCGCUUAAAAUCGAGGUCGAAUGUCAGUCCGAGGAAGAAGCAGACGAAGCGAUUGCUGCUGGCGCCGAUAUUGUCAUGUUGGAUAACUUUUCCGCUCAAGGUUUAAAAGACGCCGCCAAAAGCAUCAAACAACGUUGGGCCGCCAAGGGCGUGAAUCAUUUCUACCUCGAAAGCAGUGGUGGUAUUACCCCCGAUACUUGCGCCACCUACUUUUGUGAUGAUCUCGAUAUCCUGAGCAUGAGCACCAUCACCCAAGGUGUGCCCCACAUUGAUUUCUCCCUGAAAAUCAACAAGAAACAAUAGAAGCCUCGGUUUUGAUAAAUA